AAGCCUCUCUAGACGGAAUUUACAACCCCAAAGGAGACCAGAUGGGUUACGUCUGCUCAACGGCAACCGGAACAGAGCAUCGGCGGGUCUGCAUCCAGACGGCGUGUUGACCUUGCCGGCGAGGUCAAGUCUGCAUCAAGGGGCUCUCUGCGUCGACUGCAGCAAAGGAUGGUCAACUCCCGUCAGUGCUAUCCCAAAGCCAGGUUUCAAGAUUUUUCCAGGAGACAACUCGGACAGGUCAUGGCUAUUCCUGAAGGCUUUGAAACAGUAAUUGAAAGUAAAACCUUUCAAUUCCAAAUUACUAAUUGGAAUGCUAUUCGUAUAUCUGAAAUGAAAUUUGGGGUUUUAUCUACUAUUGAUCUUGAAUUGAAAAGAGUCUCUUUGUUGAAAGAAUCAAUUACAAAACUUUAUUCUGAUACUUGGUCAUCUACUAAACUAGAGCUGAAGGAUCUUAUAUUACUUUAUGAUUCAAAUGUUUAUGGAGGAUUUAUUCGCAUAAUUGAUAUUGAACAUUCUGUCUGUUUGAUAAAUCUGCGGUGUUGCAUUCUAGUGAGGAUCUGUGUAGUUCUGAGCUUAUAUAAAAAAUUGACUCCCUUACGAAUGCCAUUCAAACUUGUAUAGCUACCGGGUGAAUUCACUUUCUCAAUUUUUAAUCAAAGAAUUUGAAAGAAUGCUUUUGGUUAAUCGAGACUCUUUUGCUGCCUGAGAAAAUGAGAAAGAUAUCGGUGCAAACCCAGACGUCAAUUUUUCCGGGGAGGCUUUCCAAGGUAAUCCGUGCUCAAUAGGGUUUGAUUGUGAAGACGUGUUUUCUGAGUAGAUAUUAUCAUAUUCGGAAGAUGAAUUUCUUGGUCAUGCUUCAGAAAGCGAGAAGAGAACUCCCAUAGGAUUUAUGGGACUCAGACACCAAUCAGGACAUUUGUCAUAAGGCUAGUCUAGUCACAAGGGAAAACUGUUUGCCUCCACAGAAUCUCAACACUCAAAUGAAAAUUUACAGGAAAAAGCAUCAGCGCUCACACCAUAUGCGGUACACCAUAUGCGGAUGAGAUCCCAAUCUCGCAUGGCCGUACUUAUGAGGACUUCAUGGAAUCCACUGUUUCAUAGGGAGUUUUACUAUUUGAUACUUUGGGCAGGGCUUUGUACUCAUCUUUUCUCAUUAAUAAAAAUUUCAUUUUGCUUAAAAAAAGUUGUUCG